UGUAGCUUUCAUGCCUAAUCGAAGAUAGGUGCUGUUCGUCAGCUGAAAGUGAUCCAAUAAUACAGACAAAAAUCUGUCUGUAAAAAUUUGAUAUCUAAUCAUGACGAGCAAUCUGAAAAUCGGUGGUUAUCCUGCGGAGUACGAUCCUGUGAGACACGGUCCAUAUGAUCCUGCACGUUAUUAUGGAAAAGCCGACACUCCGUUUCUGGACCUAAAGCUCAAUGAGAUCACCGGUUGGAUCUCCAGACGUCAGAAGACUCCUCAGGCGGUUGCCGGAGUGUUUUCACGAGCAUUCUGGCGUUGGCAGCACAAGUAUGUACAGCCUAAGCGAAAUGGUAUUGCUCCAUUCUUUCAUGUAGCAGUUGGUUCUAUGAUCUUUUUCUAUUGGAUAAACUACAGCAAAAUGCGUCACCAUAAAAAUUACAAAUACCACUAAUUGUAUUCUAUUUAUAGAGAUCUUAAUAUUACAAUAAAAGCAAUUUAUUGUAUUGUUCAUGAAAUAUUCAACUAUAGAGUGUGUUUAAAUAAACAAUCUUAGUAUGCAUAA